UGGUGACGCAGGCGGUGACGCAGCCGGCGCGGGCGCGCGCUCUGUGUGUGGGAGUGCGCGCUCCCGGCAGCGCUCCGUUAUUAUCAGGCAGAGAGAGCGGCGGAGAGCGGACACCACCCACCCCGGGGCCUCCUCCCCUCCCCGCCCCUGCAUCAGUGCGCCGGACUACCUGCCCAUCAUCCCUUCAUUCAUUAACCCCUUCUUCCCUGCUGGCUGGCCCCCUGUUCUCUGGGGCCCCUGGUCACAGCAUGAAUUUCCCCCCUUCCGGCCUGUCUGGCAGCCCCCAGUCCUCCCUCACCUCGCAGGUGUCCAUCUCCGGGGGCCCCGGUACCCCCCAGUUUGGAACAGUCCCCCAGUUUGGCUCCGGACCAGUGACAGCGAACCAGUCAGCUGGAGCGCCCCCCUACGUCCUCUCCAACUCGGUGGCCAUCAGGGGGGAGAUUCAGAGGUUCGAGUCGGUGCACCCCAAUAUUUACGCCAUCUACGACCUGAUCGAGAGGGUGGAUGACUUGUCUCUGCAGAACCAGAUCCGGGAGCACGUCAUCGCCAUCGAAGACUCGUUUGUGAACAGUCAGGAGUGGACCCUGAGUCGCUCUGUGCCGGAGCUUAAAGUGGGCAUUGUGGGUAAUCUCUCCAGUGGGAAAUCAGCAUUGGUUCACCGAUACCUUACAGGAACAUACGUUCAGGAAGAGUCUCCAGAAGGAGGAAGAUUCAAGAAGGAAAUUGUAGUUGAUGGACAGAGUUACCUUCUGCUGAUCAGAGAUGAGGGGGGACCCCCGGAGAUGCAGUUUGCUGCCUGGGUUGACGCCGUUGUGUUCGUGUUCAGUCUUGAAGAUGAGAUCAGUUUCCAGACAGUAUUCAAUUACUAUGCGCGUCUGUCCAGUUACCGCAACACGGCCGACGUUCCCAUGGUCCUGGUCGGGACACAAGACGCCAUCAGUGCGACCAACCCUCGAGUGAUCGAUGACUCCCGGGCUCGAAAGCUGUCCAAUGACCUGAAGCGCUGCACCUACUACGAGACGUGUGCCACGUAUGGCCUGAAUGUGGAGCGUGUCUUCCAGGACGUGGCUCAGAAGGUGGUCGCUAUUCGGAAGAAGCAGCAGCUUUCCAUCGGUCCAUGCAAGUCUUUGCCCAAUUCUCCGAGCCAUUCUUCUGUUUCUGCAGCCACCAUUCCGUCCAUGCACAUUAAUCAGGCUACAAAUGGUGGAGGAACGUUCAGUGAUUAUUCUUCCUCUGUCCCCUCCACGCCCAGUAUAAGCCAACGGGAACUACGUAUCGAGACCAUUGCAGCUUCCAGUACACCAACCCCAAUCCGAAAGCAAAGCAAGCGUCGCUCCAACAUCUUUACAUCUCGGAGGGGCGCAGAGGUGGACAGAGAGAAGAGGGCCCCGGAAUGUAAAUCUGAGAGUGUUGGCAGUGGAAGAGCCAUUCCUAUCAAACAGGGAGUUCUGCUAAAGAGGAGCGGGAAAUCCUUGAAUAAAGAGUGGAAGAAGAAAUAUGUGACACUGUGUGAUAACGGGGUACUGACCUACCACCCAAGUCUCCAUUGCAGUAAUUCUCUGCUUCUUCUCCACACAGAACCGGAGGAGUCUUUCGGCUUCGUGAUCGUCUCGCUGAGUGGUCAGACUUGGCAUUUCGAGGCAUCUCUCUAUGAGGACCGUGAGCUUUGGGUCCAGGCCAUUGAGAGUCAGAUUUUGGCGAGUCUUCAGAGCUGCGAGAGUACGAAAAAUAAGACACGUCUCGGCAGUCAGAGCGAUGCCCUCGCCAUCCAGUCUAUACGGAGCGUUAGAGGAAACAGCCUGUGUGUGGACUGUGACACAGCGAAUCCAGACUGGGCAAGUCUGAACUUCGGAGCUCUGAUGUGUAUCGAGUGCUCUGGGAUCCAUCGUAACCUUGGGACUCAUUUGUCUCGUGUGCGGUCUCUUGAUUUGGAUGAUUGGCCAGUGGAGCUUACGAUGGUCAUGAUGGCGAUUGGGAACAGUCUGGCCAAUGUCGUGUGGGAGCACUGUACAGAGGGUUAUACCAAGCCGAGCCUCGAGAGCUCCAGGGAAGAGAAGGAACGUUGGAUCCGGGCAAAGUACGAGCAGAAGUUGUUCUUGUGCCCUCUGCCGGCAUCUGAUGUGCCUCUUGGACAGCAGCUGUUACGGGCUGUGGUGGAGGAUGAUUUACGGAUGGUGGUCACACUGCUUGCACAUGGGACCAAGGAGGAGGUGAACGAGACGUACGGCGAUGGAGAUGGGCGAUCGGCUCUUCAUCUGUCUGCGGCCAUGGCCAAUGUUGUGUGCACACAGCUCCUGAUCUGGUAUUCCGUUGAUGUCAAGAGUUGUGACGCGCGGGGGUUGUCACCGCUGGCGUAUGCCCGUCGGGCAGGCAGUACCGAGUGUGCUGACAUUCUCCUCCAGUAUGGCUGCCCCAAUGACCACUGCAGUCCAACCCCAGCUCUUUGAUUCCCAAGGACUGGAUCUCCAUACUCUAUGACUUGGGCAAGUCUCCUCUGUGAUCAGGGCACGUUCUCUCAUUGAUGACUUGGCUCUGGCAGCCAUUUGUAACUCCUUUUAGAGAAGAUAAUCCUCCUCAAAUCUCAGGAUACAGAAUGUUACCUCCCAAGUCUCCAUCAUGCUACCUUCCUACGUUGCGAAGCCUCCAUCAUUUCUAUCAUGGACCUUUGUUGGUGGGCAGAUAUGUCUCAUGAAACUGUCUAUUCAACACUCGUAUAAAUAAUUGUAUGGUACAGCUAUUUAAUGUACAGUCUAAGCACGUGCCGGUCUGGACCUCGGGACCUUACGUCUCUGGUAGAUGCAGAGAAUACUGGAAAUGGGGAUCAUGUGAGGUCACUGGUUGACGGAGUUUAUGUCCUCUCUGUGUCAUUCCUCCUCAUACUCAGUGGUGCCUGGUAUUUCUAACAGUCCAUAUGUAUAGUUUACAUGACCUGUACAUUCCCCCAGUACAUGCUGAUCGCUACCUGGAGUGGUCCAUACGCUGGGCUGAUAUGUGUCUCUCUCUGGGGAUAUAUAUAUAUAUAUGUAAAUAUUAUGUAAUAUAUGUACAAGAAUUCACCUCUUUAUUCAUAGAAGUGAAGCAGUUUAUGUUUACAUGUCUGAUGUCUUCUCCAUCUCAUUACUCAAGCUGUGAGGCAACACGACCCUAGCAUAUAAGAUUCAUUGCCACAGGUAUGUACAUAUGAGGCGGGUCAGAUAGGAACUUGAUGAAAGAACUAGGAUUUGGCAGAAGAGCUGAGAUACUUAGGAGUACCAUCUAGUGAGCCUGGUCCAGUACAAUCACGUGUACACCUAACCAUAGUCCCAUCUAAUAUGUCAGGUCCAGUACAAUCACGUGUACACCUAACGAUAGUCCAUCUAGUGAGCCUGGUCCAGUACAAUCACGUGUACACCUAACCAUAGUCCCAUCUAAUAUGUCAGGUCCAGUACAAUCACGUGUACACCUAACCAUAGUCCCAUCUAAUAUGUCAGGUCCAGUACAAUCACGUGUACACCUAACCAUAGUCCCAUCUAAUAUGUCAGGUCCAGUACAAUCACGUGUACACCUAACGAUAGUCCCAUCUAAUGAGCCAGGUCAGUACAAUCACGUGUACACCUAACCAUAGUCCCAUCUAAUGAGCCAGGUCAGUACAAUCACGUGUACACCUAACGAUAGUCCCAUCUAAUGAGCCAGGUCAGUACAAUCACGUGUACACCUAACCAUAGUCCCAUCUAAUGAGCCAGGUCAGUACAAUCACGUGUACACCUAACGAUAGUCCCAUCUAAUAUGUCAGGUCCAGUACAAUCACGUGUACACCUAACGAUAGUCCCAUCUAAUAUGUCAGGUCCAGUACAAUCACGUGUACACCUAACCAUAGUACCAUCUAAUAUGUCAGGUCCAGUACAAUCACGUGUACACCUAACCAUAGUCCCAUCUAGUGAGCCAGGUCCAGUACAAUCACGUGUACACCUAACCAUAGUACCAUCUAGUGAGCCAGGUCCAGUACAAUCACGUGUACACCUAACCAUAGUCCCAUCUAAUAUGUCAGGUCCAGUACAAUCACGUGUACACCUAACCAUAGUCCCAUCUAAUAUGUCAGGUCCAGUACAAUCACGUGUACACCUAACGAUAGUCCAUCUAAUGAGCCAGGUCAGUACAAUCACGUGUACACCUAACCAUAGUCCCAUCUAGUGAGCCAGGUCAGUACAAUCACGUGUACACCUAACCAUAGUCCCAUCUAAUGAGCCAGGUCAGGACAAUCACGUGUACACCUAACGAUAGUCCCAUCUAAUGAGCCAGGUCCUGUACAAUCACGUGUACACCUAACCAUAGUCCAAUCUAAUGAGCCAGGUCCAGUACAAUCACGUGUACACCUAACGAUAGUCCAUCUAAUGAGCCAGGUCCAGUACAAUCACGUGUACACCAAACCAUAGUCCCAUCUAAUGAGCCAGGUCAGGACAAUCACGUGUACACCUAACGAUAGUCCCAUCUAAUGAGCCAGGUCCAGUACAAUCACGUGUACACCUAACCAUAGUCCCAUCUAAUGAGCCAGGUCCAGUACAAUCACGUGUACACCUAACGAUAGUCCAUCUAAUGAGCCAGGUCCAGUACAAUCACGUGUACACCAAACCAUAGUCCCAUCUAAUGAGCCAAGUCCAGUACAAUCACGUGUACACCUAACGAUAGUCCAUCUAAUGAGCCAGGUCAGUACAAUCACGUGUACACCUAACCAUAGUCCCAUCUAAUGAGCCAGGUCAGUACAAUCACGUGUACACCAAACCAUAGUCCCAUCUAAUGAGCCAAGUCCAGUACAAUCACGUGUACACCUAACGAUAGUCCCAUCUAAUAUGUCAGGUCCAGUACAAUCACGUGUACACCUAACCAUAGUCCCAUCUAAUGAGCCAGGUCAGUACAAUCACGUGUACACCUAACGAUAGUCCCAUCUAAUGAGCCAGGUCCAGUACAAUCACGUGUACACCUAACCAUAGUCCCAUCUAAUAUGUCAGGUCCAGUACAAUCACGUGUACACCUAACCAUAGUCCCAUCUAAUGAGCCAGGUCCAGUACAAUCACGUGUACACCUAACCAUAGUCCCAUCUAAUAUGUCAGGUCCAGUACAAUCACGUGUACACCUAACCAUAGUCCCAUCUAAUGAGCCAGGUCCAGUACAAUCACGUGUACACCUAACGAUAGUCCAUCUAAUGAGCCAGGUCCAGUACAAUCACGUGUACACCUAACCAUAGUACCAUCUAGUGAGCCAAGUCCAGUACAAUCACGUGUACACCUAACAAUAGUCUCGUCUAAUGAGCCCGGUCCAGUACAAUCACGUGUACACCUAACGAUAGUCCCGUCUAAUAAGCCAGGUCAGUACAAUCACGUGUACACCUAAUGAUAGUCCCAUCUAAUAUGUCAGGUCCAGUACAAUCACGUGUACACCUAACAAUAGUACCAUCUAAUGAGCCAAGUCCAGUACAAUCACGUGUACACCUAACGAUAGUCCCAUCUAAUGAGCCAGGUCAGUACAAUCACGUGUACACCUAAUGAUAGUCCCAUCUAAUAUGUCAGGUCCAGUACAAUCACGUGUACACCUAAUGAUAGUCCAUCUAGUGAGCUAAGUCCAGUACAAUCAUGUGUACACCUAACGAAAGUCCCAUCUAAUGAGCCAGGUCAGUACAAUCACGUGUACACCAAACCAUAGUCCCAUCUAAUAUGUCAGGUCCAGUACAAUCACGUGUACACCUAACAAUAGUCCCAUCUAAUGAGCCAAGUCCAGUACAAUCACGUGUACACCUAACGAUAGUCCCAUCUAAUGAGCCAGGUCAGUACAAUCACGUGUACACCUAAUGAUAGUCCCAUCUAAUAUGUCAGGUCCAGUACAAUCACGUGUACACCUAAUGAUAGUCCAUCUAGUGAGCUAAGUCCAGUACAAUCAUGUGUACACCUAACGAAAGUCCCAUCUAAUGAGCCAGGUCAGUACAAUCACGUGUACACCUAACCAUAGUCCCAUCUAAUGAGCCAGGUCCAGUACAAUCACGUGUACACCUAACCAUAGUCCAUCUAGUGAGCCAGGUCCAGUACAAUCACGUGUACACCUAACCAUAGUCCCAUCUUAUGAGCCAGGUCAGUACAAUCACGUGUACACCUAACGAUAGUCCCAUCUAAUGAGCCAGGUCCAGUACAAUCACGUGUACACCUAACCAUAGUCCAUCUAAUGAGCCAGGUCCAGUACAAUCACGUGUACACCUAACCAUAGUCCCAUCUUAUGAGCCAGGUCAGUACAAUCACGUGUACACCAAACCAUAGUCCCAUCUAAUGAGCCAGGUCCAGUACAAUCACGUGUACACCUAACGAUAGUCCAUCUAAUGAGCCAGGUCCAGUACAAUCACGUGUACACCUAACCAUAGUCCCAUCUAAUGAGCCAGGUCAGUACAAUCACGUGUACACCUAACGAUAGUCCAUCUAAUGAGCCAGGUCCAGUACAAUCACGUGUACACCUAACCAUAGUCCCAUCUAAUGAGCCAGGUCCAGUACAAUCAUGUGUAUACCUAACGAUAGUCCAUCUAGUGAGCCAGGUCCAGUACAAACACGUGUACACCUAACCAUAGUCCCAUCUAAUAUGUCAGGUCCAGUACAAUCACGUGUACACCUAACAAUAGUCUCAUCUAAGGAGCCAGGUCCAGUUCAAUCACGUGUACACCUAACGAUAGUCCCAUCUAAUAUGUCAGGUCCAGUACAAUCACGUGUACACCUAACAAUAGUCUCGUCUAAUGAGCCAGGUCCAGUACAAUCAUGUGUACACCUAACGAUAGUCCCGUCUAAUGAGCCAGGUCCAGUACAAUCACGUGUACACCUAACGAUAGUCCCGUCUAAUAAGCCAGGUCAGUACAAUCACGUGUACACCUAACCAUAGUCCCAUCUAAUGAGCCAAGUCCAGUACAAUCACGUGUACACCUAAUGAUAGUCCCAUCUAAUAUGUCAGGUCCAGUACAAUCACGUGUACACCUAAUGAUAGUCCAUCUAGUGAGCUAAGUCCAGUACAAUCACGUGUACACCUAACCAUAGUACCAUCUAGUGAGCCAAGUCCAGUACAAUCACGUGUACACCUAACAAUAGUCUCGUCUAAUGAGCCAGGUCCAGUACCAUCACGUGUACACCUAACAAUAGUCCCGUCUAAUAUGUCAGGUCCAGUACAAUCACGUGUACACCUAACGAUAGUCCCAUCUAAUAUGUCAGGUCCAGUACAAUCACGUGUACACCUAACAAUAGUCUCGUCUAAUGAGCCAGGUCAGUACAAUCACGUGUACACCUAACAAUAGUCUCGUCUAAUGAGCCAGGUCCAGUACAAUCACGUGUACACCUAACGAUAGUCCCGUCUAAUAAGCCAGGUCAGUACAAUCACGUGUACACCUAACGAUAGUCCCAUGUAAUGAGCCAAGUCCAGUACAAUCACGUGUACACCUAACGAUAGUCCCAUCUAAUGAGCCAGGUCAGUACAAUCACGUGUACACCUAAUGAUAGUCCCAUCUAAUAUGUCAGGUCCAGUACAAUCACGUGUACACUUAAUGAUAGUCCAUCUAGUGAGCUAAGUCCAGUACAAUCACGUGUACACCUAACGAUAGUCCAUCUAGUGAGCCAGGUCCAGUACAAUCACGUGUACACCUUACCAUAGUCCCAUCUAAUGAGCCAGGUCCAGUACAAUCACGUGUACACCUAACCAUAGUCCCAUCUAAUAUGUCAGGUCCAGUACAAUCACGUGUACACCUAACCAUAGUCCCAUCUAAUGAGCCAGGUCCAGUACAAUCACGUGUACACCUAACAAUAGUCCCAUCUAAUAUGUCAGGUCCAGUACAAUCACGUGUACACCUAACCAUAGUCCCAUCUAAUGAGCCAGGUCAGUACAAUCACGUGUACACCUAACAAUAGUCCCAUCUAAUAUGUCAGGUCCAGUACAAUCACAUGUACACCUAACCAUAGUCCCAUCUAAUAUGUCAGGUCCAGUACAAUCACGUGUACACCUAACGAUAGUCCCAUCUAAUAUGUCAGGUCCAGUACAAUCACGUGUACACCUAACGAUAGUCCAUCUAAUGAGCCAGGUCCAGUACAAUCACGUGUACACCUAACAAUAGUCCCAUCUAAUAUGUCAGGUCUAGUACAAUUAUGUUUAGAGUAUGGCCAAACUUGCAGUUUUUGGCAGCCACUUCCCCUUUUUUGAAUCCACUCUUGUUUUGGCUUCAGUGAUGGCAUAAAAAUAUGGCGCGUCAGGCCCUAUCCUUACAACUAAUGGUUGUCCAGUCCAGCCAAGCCCUGUCCCUUUGGCAUGGUGGAUAGGUGUCAAUUUAUGGUGGAAUCUGGAGAAAUAUUUGUCUGUGUCAUGUUUAUGGCCACCUUAAUGAUUGUCUUCUCCAGUACAAUCCUUGUGACGCAUGACCUAACAAGCAGGUCUUAGCACAAUCACCGUGACUAUUCACACACUGCAUUGAUUGGAAAAUGUGGUAGAAAAUGGCCACAUCGUGCAGAAAGGGUCACUAGGUGUAACACUGCCCUUUGAUGUGAAUGAAAACGCUUGGGACCAACUUCCAGAAUGCUUCUAUGUAAAUAUAUCUAGUUCAAGUAGAAAUGGAGGCUUAUUUAUUACGUUCUAAGGAAAUCUCGCCUAUUUAAGAGAGUGCAGAGAGAAGGAUUGGUGUAAUCAGGGAGGCCUGAGCUGCCGGACAGCUCAGAAGAGACACUGACCCAGGCUGAGAUCACAACUGUGCCAGACCUCCCUUGUCUAGACGUAGGUCACAAAGAAACUGGUACUGUUGAUGAGAUGGUCGUAUCUGCUGGAGAACCUUGUAUAUAUGAAGAUCAUGAGACAUUGCAUUUGGGCUGAGGUGUGGUACAUUGUAGUCAAGUCUGAGGAUGAGUGUGGUUUUUGGAUUUGGGUCAUUGUGUGGAAUGUCUGAUGGCCUGAGAAGAAGCGGAGUCUGGGGUGUGUGAUGACUGUAGUCUGAAGGGUUGAUCUGCGUCUGUCCAAGUGAGAUAUUUGAAGGUUGAUUUGGACCUGGGAUCCAUGAUCUAAUGUGUCCGGUCUGAUUGAAGGAACAGUGUUGAUCCCUUGUGAUGGUUCAUUAAAUGAAGAACUUAGCUGGGGGAGAUUGGUCUGGGGAGUUUUCCAUAAUGGAAUGAAAAUCCAACCUCCAUAUGUGUAGGCUCUCUGGAUGGAGAGGAAAACCUGGUGGAGCAAUAGAUGUGCUGUCGUAGACCACCAUGGUUACAGCUGGAUCAGUGGGUUGUCAUUAUCUUUAGAUGGAUGAAUGUGUAAAAUCUGAUGAGGAGAUGCUCUGCAGAGCUGUGGUUCUAUAGAGCAGUUACAGGAGAUCCUCUGAAGAUGUUUACCUGCCCGGUAGAUGUUGGUGUUACUGGCUUUGUGUAGUAGAAGUUCCAGGUCUUCGCUGUGAGGUGGAUAUGACACAUGGAGAGGACAGUUCACAUUGCAGGGAGUUUCUGCUCUCAGUGUAUACAUUGUACAGUAUAUAUAUUUAUAUCUCUCUGUACAUACAAUCUGCUGUCUUGUGUGUGUGCUGUGAAAUAAAACUUGACCUUGUCUAUUG